UCAAAGUAAAAAACAACAUGUGAACGUGAGUGCAACAGCCUUUACUAUUUCAUUGUUGAAGAUAUUCUGUAAAUCGUAUAUUCAAAAAGUACAUUGUAUCUGAUUUCAAGCUAGACCUUUCAACAAUUAUGUAAUAAUGUUAUGGAUGAAUACGAAGUUCGAUGAAUACAGCUGACGAUCGCGUUUAAGUCAUAUUACUGUUUUGAAACAUAAUUUACAAUGUGAUGCAAAAACAUGAUGAUAUAGUUGUGCACGUUUAUGUAUAUUUAAACAGUUAUACAAGCAAUUUCCUUGCAGCAAUAGAAGUAGAAUUGACAUAGUGUGAUUUUGCUGAUCGAUCGCUUGAAAUCAAAUAGUAACGAAGAAAUUCGGUUGACCCAGAUCUGUAACCACACGCGCACAAAUCACGAUCAACAAAGAUAACUAAGUCCACAUGUUGAGUUUGGGUUUAACGCGCUAUUGUAUGCGAGUGAACGAGUACGCGGUUUUCCUGGUAGCGGUUUAUGACCUCCGACCUCAAUGUGUUUCGAGUGUUAAUUUAUACGCAUCGAGAGACUGCUUCGCUUCAUUUUAAACAAGGCCAUUGGCUUCAAUAAGCAUUUAAGUACUUCGUGGUUAACCAGAUGUUUUCCCACAUAGACGGACGUAAUUGUUUGUUGUUUUACGUCAAUGAUACAAACUAGUAUGCGUUUGAAAUGUAUGUUUCAUAUUUUUAAGUGAUUUGUUAUUGUGAAUUAAGAACUAGUGUAGCCUGUUUAAAUGCCAGAUAACAGAUAGCUGUGAGGGAAAGCUGUGUAAUAUAUUCGGAUACUUCUUAAGCCAUUUACAUAGGUAUAAUCGAGAUGGCAUACAGUUUUGAAACAAAACAAUUGGCACCUUUUGCAGUGUUAGACUAUGUGUUGUUCGGACUUAUGCUGGCGUUUUCCGCCUUCAUUGGAAUAUUUUACGCCAUCAAAGACAGAAACCGCCAGAAUACCAAGGAGUUUCUUCUCGCUGGAGGUAACAUGAACCCCAUUCCGGUAGCCCUGUCCAUCCUGGCCAGUUUCAUGUCGGCAAUCACGCUUCUGGGGACGCCGGCCGAAAUGUACAACUUUACGACCAUGUAUUGGUACAUCGGGCUAGGCUAUCUGCUGGUCGUGGCCACCGCUGCCCACUGGUUCAUACCAAUCUUCUACCGACUCAGGGUCACCAGUGCUUAUGAGUACCUGGAGCACCGGUUCAGCAAGGGAGUGCGGACGGCGGGCUCGCUGACAUUCUGUACACAAAUGAUUCUGUACAUGGCCAUAGUUUUGUAUGCACCAUCGCUGGCGCUCAAUGCCGUGACGGGGUUUCCGCUGUGGUAUGCCAUCAUCUCCGUUGGAAUCGUUUGUACAUUCUACACCGCCCUGGGCGGCCUGAAGGCGGUGUUAUGGACGGACACGUUUCAGGUGAUGGUCAUGUUCGCGGGUCUGUUCGCCAUAGCCAUCAAGGGUAUGGCAGACGUGGGAGGACUCAAAGAGGCCUGGGGACACUUUAGCGACAGCGGCAGGGUUGAUUGGGAUGAUUUCAGCGUUGACCCUAAGAUCCGGCAUUCUGCAUGGUCGCUAGUUAUUGGCGGCUGGUUUACAUGGGUAGCCAUUUACGGCACGAACCAGGCUCAGAUCCAGCGAGCAUGCUCCUGUUCGUCCCUGAAGGAAGCACAGGUGGCGAUGUGGAUCAACUUUCCAGGCCUUUGUCUCAUCUUGUACAUUGGCUGCUUUAUCGGUGUUGCUCUGUUCAGCCUGUACCGACACUGUGACCCCAUCAAAUUCGAGCUCAUCACCGCAAGCGAUCAGCUGCUACCACUGUUUGUGAUGGACGUACUGGGUAAUGUCCACGGUGUGCCGGGCCUCUUUGUCGCCUCUCUCUUCAGUGGUGCACUCAGCACCAUAUCAUCGGGCUUGAAUUCCAUUGCCGCAUGCAUUCUGCAAGACGUUAUACGUGCUUACUUCGUCAAAGAAAUGACCGAAACUCGGGCUACGCAAGUUUCAAGAAUAUUAGCUGUGAUAUUCGGGAUAAUAUGCCUGGGUCUUACCUAUGUUGCAUCAAAACUAGGCGGAGUGCUGCAGGCGGCGCUGUCUCUGUUUGGUAUGAUAGGUGGACCGCUGUUGGGCGUCUUCGUCCUCGGCAUGUUCUUCCCAUGGGCCAAUACUGCGGGCGCCUAUGCCGGGCUUAGCAUCGGUCUUAUCUUCAUGUUCUGGAUAGGUAUUGGCGCAUACGUGACGGAGGUCUCCAAGACAAUACCAAAGGCACCGGUGGACAUUUCCGGCUGUAACUGGAACCUGACUACCACUGCCGCCCCGAUCAUCACCACCCUCAACGCCUCCAUGUCAACACCAUCCACUGUAGCAGCCAUGGCAACAAAUGCAACUACUGUUGCCAUAACAACAACAACAGAACAUGACGGCGGUGUAUUCUUUCCCCUGUAUUCGCUCUCCUACUUGUGGUAUAGCGCCACAGCUGUCGCCGUCGUCGUCGGUGUCGGGCUCAUCGUCAGCUUCUUUACGGGUCCAAGGAAGCCCAGUGAACUUGACCCACGUUUACAGAUUCCGCUGUUUGAUAAGAUCUGUCCAUUUCUACCUGAAAAGAUCCUCAAGCCGUUGCGAUUCGGCGUUCGUUAUGAAGAUAUAAAACACGACGAAUCGGAAUUUCGCCACACGGCAGAGGACGUUAAAGAGAAGGAUGUUGACACCUUCUUCGAAAUCGAGUUGCACACAAGCCCCGGGGAUGGCAAGACCGCGCUGAAUGGGGUCGCAAACCCUGGUUGCGAGAGUACGAUGAAUGGUGAUGCGACUGCAGGAAAAUACCAACACUCGACACACAUGUAAUUGUUGCCCAGCAAUACUAGCUACUUUGUGAUCUGGUGCUUGCAGCUCGCCCAGGACUGAAACUACUCCGCCAAUCUGUAUAUAUGUGGGAGAACAGUGAAUACUGAGACGUAAAGACAAGUGAAUAUGAAUCAAACUUACAUGUGAGACGUAUCAUGAUUUCCAUUAAUACACAUGUGAUCUGAUGAUUUCCACAAUUUUGUCUCAAUGUUUUGUUCCGUUCGUUGUUGUGCAUUUCACACUUUCACCCGCACCUGAUGCUUAGAAACGCCUUUGAUUGUCCUGAAGUUAGUAUCACAAGAUGGUAAAACGAUUUAAAAGAAAUGUUUUGUUAAUACAUUUAAUUGUAAAUAUUCUUAUGAGGACAAUCGCGUAUAACAUUAAAAAGGUUAUGGAAGUUAUUAAAUAAAAGCUUCAACAUUUGCGAUAACAAUACAUUAAUUCGUGUUGCCUCUAAGCGUUGUUGUUGUGACGCAAGCAAAACUGCCGAUUCCCUGAAAAGUGAACAUAGAUGUACAUUAUGAUCCAACGAUUCAUAUUAUUGCUAUCAUGCCUUUUGGUUCAUGAUUCUAAUUGAUAUAGAUUUUUUUUAUAUAUUUUUACAUGUGAGUUUAUUUUUUGUAAGAAAAUAAAUGUAUAUAUGGUA